CUUUCUAGGAAAAUAAAAAGAAGAAAAGAUUGAUGUUGCUGUAUCGAAGCGAUCGCUCCUGCUGCAGCUAAAAACUGAAAACAAACCCAAUAAACUAGGUGAAUCUCGGUUGAUAGUACCCCAAAAUGGCAGACGAUUUGCAGAAUUACAAGCUGCAGCUACAGCAGGUCGAAGCUGCCCUGCUAACAGAUCCGGAGAACUCGGAACUGCUCAAGCUGAAGGAGGACCUGAACGAGGUGAUCGAACUGACGAAGGAUCUGAUAAAGGCGCAGCAGGAACCGGAACAGAAAAAGUCGUCGUACAUUGAGCCGGCCACCAGCAGCUACUACGAGGGCGUCUCGGGUGCGGACAAGAAGCAGCCAAAGCCAGCGAAGGUAUGGAAGGUGGGUGAUAAAUGUUCUGCUAAGUGGAUUGAAGACGGUCAGUACUAUGAUGCUACCAUAGAGUCGAUCUCGGAAACGGGCGAGGUGAACAUCGUGUUUGAGGCGUACCAGAACCGGAGCAACACCACGAUUAGCGAGCUGAAGGAGCCAAAGACUCGGAACGAGGUGUUUCCCGCCAACAGUAACAAACGCAUGCGGCACAAUCAGAAGGAAUACCUGAAGAAAAAGAAGAUGAAAAAAAUCCAGCGAUUCAAGGAGCUGGAGGAGGAACGGGAAUGCGAGAAGAACAAAUGGCUUCAGUUUACCGCCAAAUCAUCGAAAAAGUCCGGUGGCGUGAAACCGAAGAGUAUUUUUGCUUCGCCCGAAAAUGUUAACGGUCGGGUCGGUAUCGGUACCUGCGGUGUGUCCGGCAAACCGAUGACGGAGUUUUCACACGGAGAAAAGUACAGGAAAGGUGUUUAGGGACGUUUUUGCUGGCACGAACGAGCGUGGGGCUGAGAGCUCGAGUGCUCCACACGAAUCGUUCUGCUUUCUUUUUUCAAUCGAAGUAAAUUCUUGAUAUGGCUUAGAAAUUAAGAUUACUGCACACACACACACACACACGCACAUACGCUUGUGUGCAGUUUGUCUACACCUUUUUACCUAAUCAUUUUACACAGUGAAAUGAUCCGUCUUUGCCAUCGCAGUUCCGGCAGAAACCUCCUUGCUGGUGAAGGAUUUGUAUUCCAGGACGAGCAAUUUGGAUACGUGUUGCGAGCAUACUGAGUGGGUGGAAAUUAUCAUUAUGAUACUACUAAUAAAACAAAAAUUAGUUAAAAGCUG